AUGACCAAGAUCCCGCGCCAUGCCUUCUUUGCCAGGACCGCGGCCGCAUCGCCUCGGUCCGCUGCAGCGGCCUCGCUCCUCGCAAAGACGCGCAGGGGCGCUCAGCUGCGCGGCUAUCGUGCCCACACCACCACUCUGACCCCUGCCGAUGCAUCCACCUAUGCCGGACCCUCUUAUCCGGCCUCUCUCGAGGACCUGGCCGCUUCCGGCAGCGGUUCGACGACGCCAGCCUCCUAUGCCGCCCUUCAGCACGCGUCUGGCGGGGCCGAUAUGAGGUCUACCUCGGCGGGCGCCACCCCACCAUCCGCCUUGUCGGCGUCGACAUCAACAAUCGCUGCAUCGGACAUGCCGCUACCCUCGCCGCAGCCGCAGCCCAGCCUCAGCGCAGACAGCGGUCCACGCGGCCAGCCUGCCUCGACAGCGUCCGUCUUCUACGGACCAGAGCUGCCACCGUGGCUGCACAGCGGCCCAAGCGAUGCAAGCGGCAGCACAGGCAUCGCCUCGUCGUCGGCCGCCUCGUCUUCUGCCGCCGCCUCGACCACGCCCGCGCUCCGAAACAGCCAUGGCUGGAGCUAUCUGAGCGCUGCCGGCGCCGGCGGCAGCAGCACCGCCUCCAGCGGCGAAGGGCUGUCGAGCAGCGACGCCGCCGCCUUUGGCACCAACCGCGCGCAGCUCAUUGCCCGGCACCUGCCCUCGGUGUCGACGGCGGCCGGCCUCUCGGCCAUCCGCAGCCUCGCCGCCGCCAGCCCGCUCAACCUCGCCUCGCAGCGCUAUGUGAUCGGCGGAUCGAUGCCCCUCUCCGUCGCGGGUCCUGGCUCGGCGUCGUUCCUUUCGGCCGCCGCCUCGACUGCCUCGGCACUGCUGCACGCUGGCAACACCAACUUCGGCCUCGCAUACGGCUUCCAGCCAGCGCGCCCGCCGUCGCAUCACCAGCAGCGCAACCUAUCGCUGGCAAGGUCUGUCGUCGGGGAUGGCCGCGGCUCUAGCGGCAGCGGCAGCGGCAGUCUCUACGACGAUCCGCGCAUCCACGCGAGGGCAGCGCAGAUGGACGCUCUGCUAUCGACUGACUCCUCAUCGUCGGCGUCACCAUACCCUUCACCGGCGCCCGAGCGGGGCGCAUUGCGAGCCGAUGGCCGAUCAGCACUACCUCUGACACGAUCCGCAAGGGCCGGCAAAGCUGCUCCGCUGCGUCGUGCGGAUGGCCGUGCGGCAACGUCAGCUGCCACUGCUGCCGACAGUCUCCCCGGCAGCGGCGACCACGACGCCUUUGAAGGAGGCCAUGCUGGCCUAGUCCACCACAUGGACGCGCUCGACCUACGCACCAGUGUCCUGUCCGACCUUGCCGUGGACCUCGACGCCACGCACUCGCUGCGCUUCGGCUUCGCAGCACCUUCGGCGGCACCAGGGACAGCCACAGCCAGGUCCGAGGCAAAAGCAGCGUCGUCCUCUCCAUCUUCAGAGGUCGGACAGCCUUUGGCCUCGCAGGCGUGGACCGAGGUGCCUGCACUGAGGCAGCACCAGCAGCAGCAGAGCGGCUGGACGCUGACGGCACCGGCCGACUUUGCAGUCUCGAGCCACCUCCUCGGGCCCAGGCCCCUCUCGAGCGGAUCCAGCGGCUCGUCUUCGCCCACCUCGACCUCGACCUCGACCUCGACCUCGACCUCGAGCUCUUGCUCGCCCUCGCCUUCACCGACGCCGCUGCCGCCGCCAUCGCCGCCGCCGUUUGGAGGCGCAUCAUCAUCAUCCUCGUCGCACUCUUCGUCGUCAUCGUCCUCGUCGUCCGGGCGGGGCGGCCCCUCGCCACCGCCGACAACGCGCGUCAGCCUCGCGCCCUCAACGGCGUCCUACGAUGCCGCCGGUGGACAGCAGCAGGGGUCUAGCGUCGGCUCGCCGCUCUCGUCUUCACCGCCGACCUCGUCCGGCAGCCCGCUCGCCGACGCGAUGCUGUUGGGCAAAGCCUCCGCGACCACCGCCAGCGGCAGCAGCCACGCAACCACCGCCGCCCACGACGGCAUCCUCGCAUCUUCUACGACGGCCGGCGCGAGCGGCGACCCGGACCACCAGCACCCCGGCCUUCCCCCCAUGUGGGCCCGGGCCCUCUCGAUGCCGCACAGUCGCAGGGCCAACUAUACUUUUGAGCACGGCGCCUACGGCAUCCCCAAGCGCCACCCGCAGCCGCAGCCGCGCCUCGGCUCCGUCGGUGCCGCGUCGGCGGGCGGCGGCAAGCGACGUGGGCUCAACUCGUCGAUCCGCGAAAACGGGCGCAUCGUCCAGGAGCGGCUUGCCUCGGUGCAGGUGGGCGAGGACGCCUACUUUUUGCGGCCCGACUCGCUCGGCGUCGCCGACGGCGUGGGUGGCUGGGCCUCGCGGCGCGGUGCCGACCCGGCGCUCUUUUCGCGGCUGCUGAUGCACUUCUGUGCCGCCGAGCUGGCGCGCUUCGACGACUUCACGGCCGACCAGCUGGCGGCCGAGGGCGGGCGGCUGCUCCACGAGUGGCAGGACGUCGAUCCGGUCGAGGUGAUGCACACGGCGUGGGAGCGCUGCGUCCGAGCGUCGCGGCGCGAGGGCAUCCUCGGCAGCUCGACGGCGCUGAUUGCGCUACUGCGCGGCGAUGAGCUGCGGAUCGCCAACCUGGGCGACUGCGUCCUGCUCAUCAUCCGGCAGGGCGAGCUCCUGUUCCGCUCGACCGAGCAGCAGCAUUCGUUCAACUUCCCCGUGCAGCUCGGCAUGAUGGGCCACACGGCCGAGAGCGUCAGCCUGGCCGCCGACCGCACGUUGGCGCGCGAGGGUUACCUCCAGUCGGGCGCCAAGGACGACCUCGACGACGAGGCCCUCGAGCCGCUCGGCACGUCGCGCAACAAGCUCCGGCAGCAGGCUGCAUCGGCCGCGACGGCGGACGCAUCUGCCAACGCCAACGACGGCGAUGGCAGCGGCGGCGCCACUGUCGAAGAGGCCGAGUGGGACGAGCCGCGCCGCGACGCGGGGCGCUGGUCGGUCCAGGUGCAGCGGGGCGACAUCAUCAUUGUCGGCUCCGACGGCCUGGUCGACAACCUGUUCGACGAGGACAUCGUCGAGGAGGUCCGCCGGUUCGCGCCGCCGCCGCCUCCGCCGCCGUCGUCGACAACAUCGGGUGGUGUCGAGGGCGGCGAGCAGGAGCAGCCGUACGGCUACUACGACCUGCCAUCCGACUUUGACCCGCAGCUGCUGUCCGAGGCCCUGUGCAGCCGGGCCAAGGCCGUCAGCGAGGACAGCCGCGCCGUCAGCUCGCCGUUCCAGCAGCGCGCCAUGGAAGAGGGUCUGCACUACGUCGGCGGCAAGCACGACGACAUCAGUGUCGUCGUCUCGGUCGUCGGAGACGGGCCCGAUCCGUGGCAGGCGGUGCAGCGCUACCACGAGGCUGCCGCUGGUCAGGCCGUGGAUGUCGAGGCGGAUCGCUCGCAGGUCGCUCAUACUGCCGACGCUGCCCUUCCAUGA